AUGUCUACUGGAGCUUUGUCACCACAACAGGCCGCUGAGGAGACACUUGAGACUGGCGUACACCAUCUGGAGGAAGACUUUCCAUUGACCUUCCUCAAGAAAGUCUACGGCGCUUUAUUGGUGUCGGCUGGUGGACCCUUGUCACUGACUAUAACUACCGGUACUCCGGGACUGUCAGAACAUGAGUCCAGGUCUACCUCGGGCCGAGUUGUACACGGGCUACCCUAUGUGCUCUGGAGAAAAGAGGCAAGCCUAUUCAAUCAGAACCAAGAUGGCAUUAGUAAGUCUCUGGCCCUGCAUCUACCUUUCUUCAUAUCCACGGCCGCAAAAUGUCCGCAUACGGUCGAGUAUAUGUAUCUUGGACUCAAGGCCAUGUUUCUUGGCUCUCCCAUGACUAUCGGUAUGUUUAUCUGGAAAUGUCUGCUUCCCGUCACGUUGGGGAACACUGUUGGUGGAGGGUUCUUCACAGGCGCCUACUCUUGGUGGGCGCAUAUCUACUGCAACGAUAAGAGGGCUGCGAAUGGAGAUGGAUGUGGUGAUGUCAGACUUGAUGACGAUGAGUGA